UAGACUCUAGAGAGAGAAAAAAAAACACAAACACGAAACACAAGCAGAAGCACAUCCUUGAUCCUUCUACUCUCGAAAUCUCGUUUCUCGGGCCAUCAGCUCACGAAUAUCAAGACCGCCCAGAGAGUGCUCCUUUGCUUCCUCGAGCGAGCGAGAGUCCCCAAAAGCUCCAAAAUUUACACAUGGCUGCUUCGAUCUAUGCCCUCCCCAGUUGCAUAUGAAUCUCAUAGAAAACCAAACCCAUUUUCUCUUACUCCAUAGGGUUGCUUGUGUGGAGGGGGAUUACAUUUUGGCACGUUGCCUGGGGUUUAUAAUGCUGGUUUCUUGAUGUGGAAUCUGAUGGGUUGAACUCAAAGAAUAAUGGGUAGCUUUAGUGGAGAGGAAGAAGAUUGUGGAUUCUUUGAUGCAGAAGAGGAAAUUGCAUCGACAUCCGAUGCAGGGUCUGAAACCAUUGAGACAUUCGAUUCCAAUUCUUCCUUCAUCAAUUGGGUUCCGGCUGGUUUUCCCUAUGAUUUGUGGAAUAGAACCCCGGGAAGUGUUAAGGACCGGCGGGCCAAGUUUCUGGAGUGGAUGGGACUGAGCGUGGAUCAAAGUUUGGGGGAGAAUUCUGUGGAAAUAACGAGUGAUGUAGCAGGGGUGGUUGAGAGAGUUGGAGAGAGUAGUGGGGCUGUGUUGAGAACCACCUCAUGUUUUGAGGAUGAGUUUUGUUUGAGUCGGUCAUUUGUGUCUUGUCGGUGUAAUGACCAUUCCAAUUCCUCAAUUGAGUUGGAUUGGAAGGAUGAUUCUGCAUGUAGAGAUGGGAAUUUAGGGAAGCCUUUGGAGUGUAAUGCAGAUGAAGUGAGGCUGGAUCCGAAUGCACGUGAAGGUCAAGAAGUGACCGAAGAGUCUAAGCGCACUCCGUGUUCUUCAUCUUCAUUGUCUCAACAAUUGAUGGAGAAUCGAAUGGAGGAGGCGAACGCUAGAGCUGGGAUACUGAAGAGAGUUAAGAAGGGGUGGUUAGGUAGGUUGCGGUCAAUCACAUGCCUUGUUGAUACGCAUGGGGAGGAUGAUGAAUUGGCACACAAUGGCAAUGCUGCAAUCAUGGGGUUCAGGGCACAAAGAGUUAAGGUUCACCAGUGCAGGAAGCGGUUGAAGGAACUUUCAGCUCUUUACAUGGGGCAAGAUAUCCAGGCACAUGAGGGCGCAAUUUUGGCAAUGAAAUUCAGUCCCGAUGGACAAUACUUAGCGAGUGGUGGCGAAGAUGGGAUUGUGCGAGUCUGGCAAGUAGUGGAGAAUGAGAGAUGUGAUGAACAUGACAUUCCGAAAAUUGAUCCAUCCUGCAUUUACUUCACAGUGAAUCAUCUCUCUGAACUAAAUCCACUAUUUUCGGAGAAGGAUAAAAUAGGCAAAUCAAGUAGCCUUAGGAAAACAUCGGAUUCAGCAUGUGUUAUUUUUCCUCCUAAAGUCUUCCGGAUAUUGGAGAAACCAUUGCAUGAGUUUCAUGGGCAUGGUGAUGAUAUAUUGGAUCUCUCUUGGUCAAGUAGUAAUCAUCUUCUGUCAUCUUCUAUUGACAAAACUGUUCGUCUUUGGCAAGUUGGAUGCGGCAGUUGCCUCAAAGUCUUUUCCCAUAGUAAUUAUGUGACCAGUGUUCAAUUUAAUCCAGUGGAUGAGAAUUACUUCAUCAGUGGUUCAAUAGAUGGCAAAGUACGUAUUUGGGGAAUUUCUUGCUGCCAAGUUGUUGAUUGGAGUGACAUAAGAGAUAUAGUUACUGUGGUGUGCUAUUACCCUGAUGGGCAGGGAGGAAUUGUUGGCUCAAUGACAGGCAGUUGCCGCUUUUAUAAUAUAUCAGAUAAUCUUUUGCAAUUGGAUGCUCAAUUAUGCUUGCAAAGUAAAAAGAAGUCUCCGUGCAGAAAGAUUACAGGCUUCCAGUUUUUCCCACAAGAUUCGAGCAAGGUGAUGGUCACUACGGCCGAUUCACGAGUCAGAAUUCUUCAUGGUCUUACUGUGGUCGGCAAGUAUGCCGGACAACGAAAUGCAGGGAACCAGACAUCUGCUACAUUCACUUCAGAUGGGAAACAUAUAGUCUCCGUUAGUGAGGAUUCUAGUGUAUAUGUAUGGAACUGCAGUAAUCAUGAAGAACGAGUUCUCUCUCAGGCAAAAAAGAUCAGAUCUUGUGAGCGCUUUUCCACAAAUGUUUCUGUGGCGAUACCUUGGUCUGGAUUUAAAUGUGGGACCGUAGAAAAUGAGAGGCAACUUCAGGCUGCUGAUGAGAAUUUACAGGAGACUCUGCCUUUUUCCGCAUGUUUUUCUCUCAGCCAAGAUUCUUUCCUUGAGUCUAUCCCGAAGGGAUCUGCAACUUGGCCAGAGGAGAAGCUUCCAACUUCGAACCCACUGGCAAACCAAUCUACUAUGCUCAUAUCCGAGUACAAGUUUUUUAAAACUUCUUGCCAGAACACAUCCAGUUCUCAUGCAUGGGGUAUGGUUAUUGUUACUGCAGGAUGGGAUGGACGGAUCAGAUCGUUCCACAAUUAUGGUUUACCAGUACCCGCUUGAUACUAUAGUGGUCUUCAGCAUGGUUUUCAGAGAAUUGUAGCUAUCCCCUCUGCAGCACUCUUAUCGCGUAGGUGCCUGCUUAGUCCUAUUACAAGACGCCAAUCUAAUGGAUUGAUGUGUGACAUCACGUUCGGCAGCAUCAAUGGCCACAACAGGGUCAAGUUGACAUUUCUAGCAGGCAUGUGCACGAUCGAUGACAGAUUUGGUUCUCCGAUGGGGCCAUUUUAUGUCCAGACAGGUGGCUGAUAUUCCAUGGUUGUAAUGUAAUCCAAUUCGGAUCAGCCAGUGGCCAAGGUUAGCUUGUCCGGAUAGUUUAAUUAUAAUCAAUGUGGGAUGCUUUUGGUCUGCCGGUUCUCAAAUUUUAGAUGUGAAGUCAUUUGUUAGGAGAAAGCCAAUGAGAUAUGACAUCUAUAUAAUGCAGGUGCCUGUGGGCCUUGUAGAACAUCUUUGUUCUCUAAGAUGGAUAGGGAUUCAAGCGCUGGUGGCUGGAAUUCGUUUGGGAAAAAGAUGGUGGGGAACUCCACCAUUCCAUCGUGUUCGCCGGUCAGAAUGAUUGAAUUGUUUGUCUGCCAAAUCUUGUCCGUUUCAUGGUAGGGUCGAUGAGCUUUGGCUGGCAGUGGUAAUGUGCAGGAAUCCAUUUCGUCCGAAGUGGCUCGUUGCCUCGGCCAGGGGCUGGAAAACUGAGACUAUCCACUCUUUCGGAGAAGGCAUCUCUAACAGGAAUACGAUUUGCGGCUCGAGUCCAUGAAUGAGCACUCCUAACCGGGUUUUCUUCGACGUAGACCCUUGUAUAUACUUACACUGUCAGUUUAGUCUAACACCAGCUUAGUCUAGGCUCGAAUCGGUAGCGAUUUUGUUAACUUAACAGGAAUACCUUUUGAGAUUUAGUUAAUGUAAACUGCAAAUUUUCUUUCUCAUUUGUAAGUGGAAUAUUCAUGUGGUUUUUUCCUGCAUGUUCAUACUCGAAACUGAAUGGUAAUACUACGGUAGAAAAGUACACAAUUACACAA